AUGGCUCGCUGCCGCCCCUGUGACCUCAGGGUGCUGGUAGCCGUUGCAUGUGGGCUGCUGACGGCCAUCAUUUUGGGACUGGGCAUCUGGAGGACAGUGAUAAGGAUCCAGAGAGUAACAGUUGCUCCCCCCUCGAGCACCCCUGCAGUGUUCUGCAGGAAUGGUGGAACUUGGGAAAAUGGCAGAUGCAUUUGUACAGAAGAGUGGAAGGGCCUGAGAUGUACAAUCGCUAAUUUCUGUGAAAAUAGUACCUAUAUGGGUUUUACUUUUGCCAGAAUUCCAGUGGGCAGGUAUGGAACUUCUUUGGAAACAUGUGACAAGAACACUUUAAAUGCUGGCUCUCCAAUAGCAAUCCGCCUGUGCAAUGUGUCUAUAUAUGGAGAGAUAGAAUUACAAAAUGCCACAAUAGGAAACUGCAAUGAAAAUCUGGAAACCCUGGAAAAUCAGAUAGUCAAUAUCACAGUGGACUCUAAGACUAUUUCUGCUGAAGCCCAGGUUUUAACAUCCGAUGCCAGUAAAUUAACUGCUGAGAACAUCACUUCUGCUACUAAAGUGGUUGGACAAAUCUUUAAUGCAUCCAGAAAGGCUGAACCUGAGGCAAAGAAAGUUGCUGUAACAACAGUGAGUCAACUUCUGGAUGCCAGUGAAGAUGCUUUUCAAAGAGCUGCUGCUACUGAUAAUGACAAUGCCUUUACAACGCUUAUUGAGCAAAUGGAGAAUUAUUCCUUGACUUUGGGCAAUGAGUCAGUUAUGGAACCUAAUAUAGCAAUACAGUCAGUUAAUCUAGAAGGCUCUGAGGGGUCUACAAAAAUUCGCUACUCAGUGUUCAGAGGAUCAAGUGAGUCUCUAGUUUCCUGCUCAACAUCUGUAGAUACAAAUGUGGACAGACUUGAUCCAGAUGGACGCACUCAACUUCAGAUCUUGCUCAGUACCAAUAAAAGUACUAAGGCAUGUGGCUUUGUACUAUAUCAAAACAAUAAGCUUUUUCAAUCAAAAACCUUUACAGCUAAAUCAAAUUUUAGUCAAAAAAUUAUCUCAAGCAAAGUGAAUGAAAAUGAUCAAGAUCAGACUCUUUCUGUUGAAAUGGUCUUUAGCCCAAAGUACAAUCAAAAAGAAUACCAACUGCAUGCCUAUGCCUGUGUUUACUGGAAUUUUUUAACAAAAGAUUGGGAUACCUAUGGUUGUUACAAAGACAAGGGUACUGAUGGAUUCCUGGGCUGCCGCUGCAACCAUACCACUAACUUUGCUGUGUUGAUGACUUUCAAAAAGGAUUAUAAGUAUCCUGAGUCACUAGACAUAUUGUCCAACAUUGGAUGUGCCCUGUCCAUUACUGGUCUGGCUCUCACAAUUAUCUUUCAGAUUGUCACCAGGAAAGUCAGAAAAACCUCAGUCACCUGGGUGAUGGUUAGUCUGUGCACAUCGAUGUUGAUAUUCAACCUGAUUUUUGUGUUUGGUAUUGAAAACUCCAAUAAAAACUUGAAUACAAGAGAGAGUGACAUAGAUAUUGACUUUGAUGAUAAUCAAAUGCUCACAGAGGACACUAUUGAAACCCCGAAUCCCUCAUGCACAGUGAUUGCUGCCUUCCUGCACUAUUUUCUGUUAGCCACAUUUACCUGGAGUGGACUCAGUGCUUCACAGCUUUAUUUCCUUCUCAUCAGGGCCAUGAAGCCUCUUCCUCCACAUUUCAUUAUUUUCAUCUCAUUAAUUGGAUGGGGAGUGCCAGCUAUAGUAGUGGCUAUUACAGUGGGAAUUAUUUAUUCCCAGAGUGGGAGUAAUUCACACUGGGAAUUAGACUACCGGCAAGAGGAAAUCUGCUGGCUAGCAAUUCCAAACAACAAUGACUUUAUAAAGAGUCCAUUUUUGUGGUCAUUCCUUAUACCUACAAUCAUUAUCCUCAUCAGCAAUGUUGUUAUAUUUAUUGUAAUCACAAUUAAAGUGCUGUGGAAGAAUAACCAAAAUUUGACAAGCACAAAGAAGGUUUCAUCCCUAAAGAAGAUUCUUAGCACAUUAUCUAUUGCAGUCGUUUUUGGAGUUACCUGGAUUCUGUCAUACUUUAUGCUAAUUAAUGAUGAUGACAUCAGGAUUGUCUUCAGUUACGUGUUCUGCCUUUUCAACACUACUCAGGGAUUGCAAAUUUUUAUCCUCUACACUGUUAGAACAAAAAUCUUCCAGAGUGAAGCUUCCAAAGUGUGGAAGUCACUGUCGUCAUCAGUUGGGAGAGUGAAGUCCCUGCCGUCACUGAGAUUACGAGUUCGGAUGUAUAAUAUGCUCAGGUCCCUUCCAGCCCUACAUGAAAGUUUUAGACUGCUGGAGCCAUCUGAAGUAAUAGAGGAAACGACACUCACUGAAAGUGACCAAGCAAGCUCAAGCAACUAG